CGCCAUGGACCACAAGCCCCUGCUGCAGGAGCGGCCGCCCGCCUACAACCUGGAGGCCGGCCAGGGCGACUUCGCGUGCGGCCCGCACGGCUACGGCGCCAUCCCCGCCGCCGCCCCGCCGCCGCCCUACCCCUACCUCGUCACAGGGAUACCCACCCACCACCCCAGGGUCUACAACAUCCACAGUCGAAAUGUCACCCGGUACCCUGCCAAUUCCAUCGUUGUUGUUGGAGGCUGCCCUGUCUGCAGGGUCGGGGUUCUGGAGGACUCCUUCACCUUCCUGGGCAUCUUCUUGGCCAUCGUCCUGUUCCCCUUUGGGUUCAUCUGCUGUUUCGCCUUGAGGAAGCGAAGAUGCCCCAACUGUGGCGCCAACUUUACUUAAAGGGAACUCCACACGUGGCUUUCCUACUCCCAGCUCUCUUUUUCUAAUGUAAAUGUUGUGUACAAUAGCUUUAUUUGAUUAAUCUUCAGGACUGUUUUGUAAAGUGGUGGGUGGCUUGGGCGCCACGAGGAGCCGGUUUCGGGGAGUGUGGACGCGCAGCAGCAGCACUGCUCCCAGGGUUAAUGACCGCUCAGUCAAGCACUGCUUUUAUUUUUUGCAGUCUUCAAUUUGAGAAAGGUGAGAAAUACUGUUUUAAAUAAAUGAGAUCCAUACCGUU